AUGGGAAGGGUUGAUGGGUCGAAACGGAUCCGGCGCUCCUACAACUGCGGACCGUGCAAAAGACAAAAGAUAAAGUGUGACACGAACUUGCCCUGUAGUAACUGUGUGAAAUACAAAAGAGUCGCCAAAUGUUACCAAGAGCCGCCUAACCCGCCAACAGAAAAGGAGGUCCUAUUGAAACUUAGGAAGAAACGGCGCCUAGAGUCGAAAGAUACCGUUCUGUUGCCAGAGGUACCCUCGAUAGGGUAUCCCAAAAUUGAGCCCGAGGUACAGCAAGCUUCCGGCAGUAUCAAUAAUACCCCUAUUAUUCCAGAUCAGGUCCCUGUUGUGCAUAGCAUGCCCCUAUCUAUGCGGCUAGCACAGCAGAUUCCUGUAAUUCAGACACCUGUCGAAAUGUUGGUUUCUGAUCGGCAACCAAGUAGCAGUUUAUCGUCGCGUUCUGAAAACUGCAGUGGUGGUCCACUCAUUCCUCCUCAGCUCUCUUAUUCAGAUAGCCAGGCAUCUGAUAGACUUCCGCAAGCAAUGUCAAGUUUCCAGUCAGACGAUAUAUUGGUGGGUUCCACGCUUACGGAGAUUGAUUCUCGAAACAUCAAUACCACCAUCCAGUUGUUAAAGAACUUGUCGAGAAAGGGUCUUCCCAGCCCUGACGCCAUACGUUGGGCCUUUGAUAUCUUUUUCAACAAUGUCAACUUUAUAUAUGGUGGCAUUUCGAAGGCUGUAGUAGAAAAAAAGUUGGCAGUGUUCCUCCAGACUUACGAAGACGACUCGUUAGUCGAUCAGCUGGACUUCGAUUUCAUAUCUUUCGUUUAUUCGGUUCUAUGUGUUUCAUUAAUGGUUGGUCAUGGCACAGAAGGAUCAGCUCCUGUGAUCAACCGGUUACAAGACAGGUACAAUAUGUCCCGACUUGCCCUCGUUGACAACUUUUUCAUAAAGUCACGAACUGGUUUGUUUCUUCUGAACCUUUUGAAAACAACACUGGUCGUUGACAAGGUUCAAACCCUUCUCACUCUAAUGCACACGUCUAUGGUCAGUAAAGUCUUCUUUUUGAUGGCGAGCCCUCGAAGGGAUGAUUACUUUGAACAAUUGUUGAAUAAUGUAUCUUUGAUCCUGUUGAGACAGUUGGGCAAUAAAGCAACCUACAACGAGGAAAAUCUACCAGGAAUUGGGUUUGAUCUAGUACUUCAAGAAAAAAUGAAGUGCUGGUGGUGGACUUGUCAGGACGAUACGGAGAACGCUUUGUUAUUUUUCAGGAAACCUUUGUUGCGUAGUUUUGAUAGUCAGGUACCCUUCCCACUGAAUAUCGAUUUGGACGACAGUAAAGUUACUUCUUACGAUAAUAUCUACGCCUAUAAUAAUGUGGGGUACCAUUUCAUUAAAGUCAAGUCACUAAAGAUUCUCAACAAGCUAUUUUAUGUGAAAAGUAUAAUCGACAGCUGCCAACAAAAACAUUCGUCAUGCGACUGCUUCCGCAGUCUUUCAUUGUUGAGAACAAUGGUUCGAAUAGAUUUGGAGUUGAGAGAGCAAAGUAAGAUCCCUAGCAUAUUCUUACUAGACGACAGCGACCCAGAGGUUUUGAAACUGGAUGAGAAGCGACAAAUACAAAGAGCCUUCCAACGAUUUUUAAUUGUGCAACAUCUUUGCCUGUACCGUUUCAAACUAUAUCAAUACAGUUGCAGAUUCAAUAAUGGUUUGAUGAAUACUAUUUGCAAAAUACUGAUUCUUCAACUAUUAUGGAUGUUGGAGUAUCAAAUUGACCAUUAUCCCUUUUCACCAAAAACAGCGGUGUACUACAGGCUGGCUGUUCCUCGCAUGGUGUUUAAUGUCCUGACUGGGUUUUCGUUUAUCGGUAUUACCGGAGCCACCUUGACUGUAAGGGAACGAUACUGGACUAAGAGAGUAAUGCGAAAGGCAACAGCGUUUCUGGCGAACCUAAUCAAUGACGGUUACGAGUUUACUACUCCUAAAGCCAGUCUUAUUUUGCUAGAGCGAGUCAACGCUUACUUAAAGGGCCAGGGACCUAAUUAUGACAUCGAUUUUGACGAGCAGGAGGCGUUCAUUAAAGAAAUGGAGGAGUUGAGGACCUCUGGUGGAUAUGAGAACAGAUACUCAUAUUCAGGAACCGAUGAAACACCCAGAGAUCCGGGUUGCCUGUUUCUUCCCAUUGCUUUAAAUAAAUGGCACUUUGAUGUGCUAGACUGCCUGAGGAUAUACGGUACUCAGGAAGAUCUGGAAUCUAAAUUAUUAAGUGUUCAGCAAUUGGUGUUACAAUGUUGCAUGAAGCACAGUGGCAUGACUCCAGACAUGGUCUUUGCAACGGAAGUAGCUCAGAAGCCGACCUUCGAAGACGACAUAGUUUGUGAUGAUAUUGACGCUUAUGCCCAGGGGGGUGAUUGUCUAGAUUAUUGUUACACGCCAAGCAAUUACUCCAGAACUUUAGAAAUUCAUGGCAAGAUUGCUACCUUACAACGAGAGCUGGGGCUAUGCUAUAAUAUUCUCGGAAUUUUGGACCGUUUUUCCGAUUAA